UUAUCAUACUAUAUUUGUCUGUAGGCCUAUUUGGAGAAACGUCGUGGUAGUUACCCUUUCCAAUCCAGAACAGGUAACAUAAUGGGAGACGUUUUCCAGUCACCUUCGAUCAAGCAAGAAAACAGGGGAACCAAUGACUUGCCCGUAACCACACCAAUGCCUGGCAGGGCAAUCCUACUUCCUCCUGUAAUGUGCCCAACCGCCCCUGACCUGCCUGCUGUUUGCCACCCUACUCAGGAAGACCUGUGGCAACUACCCGGACGGCUACGUAUAAACCCCUCUCUGUGGGAUAAGGAGGAUGUGGCACACUGGCUGCACUGGGCCCAGAAGGAAUACGCUCUGCGGCGACCAGAGAGAGGACACUUUGAGAUGAACGGACGGGCGCUGUGUCUGCUCACUAAGGAGGACUUCAGACGACGCUGCCCUAGUUCAGGCGAUGUGCUGUAUGAGCUUCUACAGUGUGUGAAGCAGCAGAGAAGAGGUGUGGUCUCUGCCCCCCUAAAACCUUCCCAUGGCCACCUCCUGCCAAACCCUCCCAGUCACAUCCAACAACCACCUAUCAGCCAACAGGACCUUCAUUACAAAAUCCAGGGGCCUCCACAUACAGGUUCAAUUGAGGCCACAGGUUGUACCACAAGUGCCUUGUUUACAUGUCCCUCUGUGACCAUCUCCAACAUCAGCAAGCAUUACUCACCCCACUACGCACAUCUGGAUACACAUCCACAGCACACACACGCUGUGUCCGUACCUGUUCCUGUGUUGUCCCAACACCAAGCCCAGGCUCCUCCCACAGUUCUUAGCAGAAGGGAGGAGCCUCUCAACCUGUCCAAUCGGGAGAGAACACCGCCCCGCGAGGCUAACGGCAGGAUCCCAGAGUGCAGAUUGCUGUGGGACUAUGUGUACCAACUGUUAUCUGACCAGCGCUACCAGGACUUUAUCCGCUGGGAGGACCAUGACAGGCUGGUGUUCAGGGUGGUUGACCCCAAUGGACUGGCACGACUCUGGGGCAAUCACAAAAACCGAGCCAAUAUGACCUAUGAGAAGAUGUCCCGCGCACUGCGGCACUACUACAAGCUCAACAUCAUCAAGAAGGAGCCGGGACAGAAACUGCUCUUCAGGUUUCUCAAGACUCCCCAGGAGAUCAGGAGACACAGAGGUGACCGUCUGGAUUCCACCGAGUCCCCGGAACACACACCAUCUCUGAACGGAGCCUCGCCAGUACACACACCAGAACACAUCUCUUCCAGACACUACAUCAUGCAUGGUCUCGAAGUGUCCCCUGAGCCCUUGUCCCCCCAGUCUGACCCGGAGGCUUAGCGAAGACAACUCCUGUCACAGAAAUGACUACAUACAAUGUACUGCACUAUAAGCAAGCUUUGCUUUUUCUGCUAAACUAGUCAUCGGUGCUGACUUACCUGAUGAAACUUCAACAGAACACUACAACACUAACAUUGAGGAAAGGAUCAAACUGUCAAUGCCAUACCAACUCACUGGUGUUUCACUUUAAACCUGCUUACAUUAUUGUGACUUACACCAAGUCUCAAGGUUAUUUUCAACAAAAUGUAUUACGUGAAGUAGAAACCACUUUACUUUCAUCUCCUCAGAUAAACACAGAAAGCAUGAUCAGUUGGAUCACUGCUUAAACCACAGGUGGCCAUUGAAAUUAGAUGUUUAGGUCAGUGCUUUCACCUGAUGAAUACAUAUACACAAUGUAUUCUUAGUGUGUGAGAGAUAUGGACAGUGCUUUCUGAUAUUUGAGGAUUUGUAUUUUUUGAAUUUAUACUGUUUCACUUUGAUGACUUAAGAUUACAAGCCAAGAUUCAUUGCUUAAUCCUUCAAUGUUUAAAACAAUGUUCAAUACUCUUCCUUAUUUAGAAAAUACUGAAAUGAAAAUCACUUUCCAAUUUUCUAACAUCCUAAAGUGUAAUUACUAUGAUUUAUGUGUUUAAAUUAAGUUUGUGGCUACAGAACAUAUUUUAUAAAGCUGCAAUACCAACUGCA